CGUCGGUAGAUGCAGAGUUCUCUUGUUGUGCGCGUCCCUGUUUUAAGGAAAAAUGCUUUUAAUUUGUUGAUAUACGGGAAUGUGCUGAGUGAUUACGUUAAAAGAAUAAUGAAAUGAUAGAUUGUGCCCGAGCAACAGUAUAAUUUGAUAGCAAGUUUCACUUAUUUUGGAUUGACUUUAUCGGCAGUGUGUGAUAGAUGCUAAGACCUGACCAUGUCUGACAUAAUAUACCCACCAGGAUGUCGUUUGAUAAGCGACGAUUUGGGCCCGGACGAGUUGAUCCGGCGCCUAAAAACUCUUGCACACACAUUACAGGCCAUGGGGCAAGACGAUGGGGCCUACAAACAAUACAUACCGCUUUCUUUGCACUUGGCGCAGGAGCAAUUCCUCUCGCACCCCUCGAGGGACGUGCAACUCUUGAUUGCGUGUUGUAUAGCCGAUGUGCUCAGGGUUUACGCCCCCGAGGCCCCCUACAAAGACCCCGAACAGGUCAAAACAAUCUUUCUGUUCUUGAUAACUCAGUUGAGCGGUCUGAAGGACCCCAAAGAUGCCGCUUUCAAGCGGUAUUUCUACUUGCUGGAGAAUUUGGCGUAUGUGAAGUCGUUCAACAUGUGCUUUGAGUUGCAAGAUUGUCAGGAGAUUUUCUGCGCUCUGUUUCACUUGAUGUUGAAAAUAGUGAACGACGAGCACUCUGGUAGGGUGAAGAGUUUCAUGUUGGACGUGCUGUGCCCGCUUAUAACCGAAAGCGACAUGGUCGGUAACGAUUUGUUGGACAUCAUUCUGAUGAAUAUCGUGGAGCCGAACAAGACGCAAAAGAAAAACGCGUAUUUUCUCGCCAAAGAACUCAUAAUCAAAACUUCUGACACGUUGGAGCCUUACAUACAAGCCUUCUUCAACCAUGUUUUGAUACUGGGGAAGGAAGAUAAAAACUUGCAGAUUUGCGGCAAAGUGUACGACUUGAUAUACGAACUGAAUCACAUUUGCCCGCAGAUUUUGCUGGCUGUGCUGCCGCAGUUGGAGUGCAAACUUAAAAGCUCGCUGGAAAAUGAGAGGUUGGCUGCUGUGGCUCUGUUGGCCAAAAUGUUCAGCGAGAAAGAUUCCGAACUGGCCAAAAGGCACGUCUCCUUGUGGAGGGCCUUUUUGGGCAGAUUCAACGACAUUUCCGUCGCCAUAAGAACGAAAUGCGUACAAUAUUCCAUGCACUUUUUAUUGAACCAUCCCGAUUUGAGGAAAGAUAUUACAGAGACGUUGAAAAUGCGUCAACACGACUCGGAGGAGAACGUCCGGUAUCAGGUGGUAACCGCCAUUGUAACCACGGCAAGAAACGACUUUCAAGUCGUUUCGGACUCUGAAGAUUUACUGGAGUUCGUCAAAGAGAGAACUUUGGAUAAAAAGUUCAAGAUCCGCAAAGAAGCCAUGUCGGGUUUGGCUCUGAUAUACCGGAAGCACUUGAGCGACCCGGACGUUCCGAACGCCACGAAAAAAGCCGUCACGUGGAUCAAGGACAAAAUUCUGCACGGUUACUACAUGGCCGGCAUGGAAGACAGAUUGCUGGUGGAAAGAUUAUUAAACACCUGCUUGGUGCCCUACCAGUUACCGCCUGCUGAAAGGAUGAAGAAGUUGUACCACCUGUUGGGUACCAUCGACGAGCACGCCACCAAAGCCUUCAUGGAACUUCAGAAGAACCAGUUGUGCGUGCGCAAACUCGUACUGGAAUGGUUGGAACUUCACAGAAGACAUGACAAGAUGGGGGGUGAUGCGAUGUCGAAAGAGAUGUCCGCGAAAGUGUUGGCCCUCUCGAAAUGCCUGCCGGAACCCGUAAAAGCGUUCGAAUUCCUUUCCAACUUGAGUUCUCACAUGCGCCGCGAUUCCGCGCUGUUGGAGGCGUUCGAGACGGUGUCGCGACCCUCGGUCAGCUGCAAGGAGUGCUCCGAAGCCACCGCGGCCGUCCUAAAGAAGCUGGGCGCGCCCGUCAUGACCAACUUGUACUACAACACGGUGAAGAUGCUGCUCGAGCGGAUCAGCUCGGUGAUGAUCGACCACACGGCCAUCAAGUUGCUGGUGGGCUACGUGGAGGACUGCCUCAGGGGCGGCAACACCGUCGAAGAGGUGGGCUUGCAUCCUGCCACCGCCGGGGAUAGAGGGCUCAAGCUGCUGGUCAUGCUCAGCGUGGUGUUCCCCUCGCACUUCAUCUACACCGAUGUGCUGGAGCAACUCGUCGAGUUUUUAUCCUUCGAAGACGAAAACGUCGCACCAUUGGUGCUGUCCGUCUUCACUUUCGUCGGAAAAUACAAAUGUCUAUAUGAGCAAUUCCCUGAGCUAAUGGAAUCGUUGGCUCCGGUUUGCAAGGAAUUCGCGCAAACAGGUACCCCGAAACAGGCUAAGGGCGCCAUCCACUGUAUAUUCAAAAAUAUGCCCGAACUGCACGACACCAUUUUCCCCAGCAUAUUGGAAAACGUCAAAAAUAAUUUGUGCCCGGAAUCGCCGCAUUACAGGACGGCCAUCGUGACCCUCGGCCACAUCGCCUACAACGUCCCCGAAAAAUACAAGGUUCAAAUCAAGAACAUAGUGUCUAGGAAGAUCGUAAAAGAAUUGCUGGUGAAAGAAGUGAAGGAAAACGAGUACACCAUGAGCGACGACCUCUGGUGUGCGGAAGACGAACUGCCCGAAGAAACGCGAUGCAAAGUGGAAGGUCUCAAGGCCAUGGCCAGGUGGUUGCUGGGCCUCAAGCAGGAUUCCGCUUCGGCGCAAAAAACAUUCAGGAUGUUGAACGCGUUCAUCCUGCACAAGGGCGACCUGCUGCAGAGCGGGCGGCUGUCUCGGGCGGAGAUGUCGUGGCUGCGGUUGGCGGCCGGAUGCGCCAUGCUGAAGGUGUGCGAGCAGAAGGGCGUGGGCGAUCAGUACACGGCCGAGCAGUUCUACAACUUGUCGCAGCUGAUGGUCGACGAGGUGAAACAGGUCAGAGAGGCGUUCGCUGCCAAGCUGCACAAGGGAUUGAGCAAAGGGUUGCCCAACAAGUGUUUGCCCUUGGAUUUUAUGGGUUACUACGCGUUGGCUGGUCGGGAGGUGGAGAACCGGCUGAAGACUACGAUCCGCAACUACAUGACGGCCGACAUCAACAAGCGUCGCGACUACGUGAAGACGCUGACGAUGGGCUCGGGCAACAUCGACAAGGCGAUGGGCCAGCUCCCUCACAUCCUGCCCGACUACAUGCUCGUCUUCGCCGUGCCCAUUUUGGCGCACGACCCGCACCUCGCGCGCUGGGACGACGUCGAGCAGCUCAAGAAGGCCAAGCAGUGCCUGUGGUUCGUGCUCGAGCCCUUAGUCACCAAGACCGACUCCUUCUCCUACGGCUUCUACAAGUCCUUAAUCGAGAAGAUGAAGAACCACAAGGACGCCGUCCGCCCCGACGACGACUCCAUCAAUUAUAAAAUGUGGGCGCUGUGCGAUCUGAGUUCGGGGCUGCUGCUGACGAAGACGUCCAACUACGACCUGAAGGACUUCCCGUCGGAGACGCGCGUGCCCAUGAUGUACUUCUCGCCGCAACCCGGCGAGUUCGUCAACAACCGCGUCUUCCUGCCGCCCGAGCUGCAGUACCAGCCGCAAACCAAGACCAGCAUCACGCUGUCCAUGCUCAACCACGAGAACGCCAAGAAGAGACCCAAGGCCAAGUGCAAACCCGAGCCCCAAGGGAUGGACGUCCAGCCUUCCGAAGCGUCCGACACCCAAAUCCAACUGCCGGGAUUGGAGGACGUGGAGGAGCAGCCUCCCAGCAAAAGGCUGCGCGAACGCAUCAAACAGGACACGAACGAGAAAUGAGCCUCGCACUCGAAAAACCAAUUUUGUACAUAAAUACAUACAUACAUACAUAUAGGUAAGGUUACUUGGCGUAACGUAAGAAGAAGAACAACAACAGGUGUUGUUUGCAAAAUGGAAACAACGCGAGUGCGAAAACAUUCGCGCGCCGAAUUGUUCCAAAAAGUGUAUACGAGAAUUAAUUUUCUGAUUUUAAGAUAAAUGAGGCCGGAAUAAUUUGGCGCGCGCCCUUACACUUUACAUCUUCCUAAUUUUACCUGUAUAUUUAGCUAGUUCUAUAAACGUUUAUUUAGGUUUUUAAGUUAUCACCUGUAAUUUUAAUUGUGCGCUUUUACACGAGGGGGUUUUUCAAUUACACGAUACGAUACCCCUCAAUGCAUCCCGUUUAGAUAUGUAAGUGAUAGUGACAAUUAUUUUUUUAUCUUGGGAUGGGUGGGGGUAUUUUAACUACUACAAAUACUACAAACAGGGCUUAAAGGACUUGAAGUGUACCUAGUGUGUAUUUGUUUAUUUAUUUUUAUUGCCUAAAUCCACACUUAGCUGAUUUAUUAUCAUUUAUAUGGUUAACUCUAUUAAAUUGAUUAGGAUGGUUUGCCACACUGUGCGUCAAAAUUAACACAUAAUAAGUAAAAAAAUUCUAACUC